AUGUUACUUCGUUCUGAUGAUGUCCGUCAUAUGACGGACGAAAGCUCAGCACGGGUUCACCGAAAUCGAAGGAGAUUGCCUCGGAAACAGCGUCAGCAUGAAUGCUCCAGUAAAGCCAAUCGACAGCUGGUCAAGAGGCAUCCGUCUUCUGGUGGAACCGACCUUCGAAUCUCUUCACCAAACACUUCUACUCGAAAUGAAAGUAAGCCCAAAUAA